AUGUCGGACUUUGAGCUUGAGGACCUUCGGAGCACCUUCCCCUCCUACAUGGCGGAGGGAGACCGGCUGUACUUAUGCGGGGAAUACCAGAAGGCGGCUCUGAGCUUCACCAAAGCCCUUCACCUUAAGGUGGGUGACCGGAACUGCCUGGUUGCUCGGUCUAAGUGCUAUCUGAAGUUGGGAGACCUGGAGAAUUCCCUGAAGGAUGUUGAGGAAUCUCUUAAAAAUGACCAGACUUUCUGCAAGGGAAUUCUACAAAAGGCUGAAACCCUGUAUACUAUGGGAGACUUUGAAUUUGCUUUGGUGUACUAUCACAGAGGCUACAAGCUGCGGCCUGAGCGGGAAUUCAAAGUCGGGAUUCAGAAAGCUCAGGAAGCCAUUAACAACUCGGUAGGAAGUCCUUCCUCGAUUAAGUUGGAGAACAAAGGGGACAUCUUCUUCUUAAGCAAGCAAGCAGAGAGUAUGAAAGCCCAACAGAAGACUCCCACGAGGCCACUCUGGAAGGACACCAAGGCUGAAAUUAAACGGAAGAGUACACUGAAGAGCAAGAAGACUGUUCGACAGCUGCUAGGGGAGCUUUAUGUGGACAAGGAGUAUCUGGAAAAGCUCCUUAAGGAUGAAGACCUGAUCAAAGGUACUAUCAAGCGUGGAAUGACUGUGGAAGAUUUGAUCAUGACUGGCAUCAAUUACCUAGAUACUCGAACUGACUUCUGGAGGCAGCAGAAGCCAAUCUAUGCUCGGGAGCGGGACCGAAAACUCAUGCAAGAGAAGUGGGUCCGUGAUCGGAAGCGCCGCCCCUCUGAGACUGCCCGCUAUAUUCUCAAGAGCCUGGAGGAAAUUGACAUGUUACUUACCAGUGGCAGUGCUGAGGGGAGCUGCCAGAAAGCUGAGAAAGUGCUGAAGAAGGUGAUGGAGUGGGACAAGGAAGAAGUUCCCAACAAAGAUGAACUGCUUGGCAAUUUAUACAGCUGUAUUGGGAAUGCGCAGAUUGAAAUGGGGCGCAUGGCAGCUGCAUUGCAAAGCCAUCGGAAGGACCUGGAGAUUGCCCAGAAAUAUGACCUGACCGAUGCCAAAUCUCGAGCCCUGGAUAACAUUGGCAGGGUCUUUGCAAGAGUUGGGAAAUUCCAGCAAGCCAUCGACACGUGGGAGGAGAAGAUCCCGCUCGCAAAAACCAGCCUGGAGAAGACCUGGCUGUUCCACGAGAUUGGCCGCUGCUACUUGGAACUUAACCAGCCCUGGGAAGCGCAGGAGUAUGGGGAGAAGUCCCAGGCGUGCGCCGAAGAGGAGGGUGAUGUUGAGUGGCAACUCAAUGCCAGCGUUCUGGUGGCCCAGGCACAAGGCUUUGGAUGA